AUGAUCUUAAUAAUUGGAGAAUGUGGGGAGUGGCAAUCCAGGGAUAUAUAUACUAAAAAAUCUAAGGAUUUUAUUAUGUUCUGUAAAAUUUAGAGUAAGUAUCAUGUGUUGUAUAGGCAAAUAGGUGGUUUUUUUGAGGGUGUGAAAAUUGGCUUGAGGUAUUUGUGAGUCGAGGAGGGAAGGGCGAUGAGGUUGGGAGUGUGGGAAGUGCAGGAGAUGAAUGA